UGCGCAGGAUCAAACAAGAGCCAGAAAAACAGGAGGAUCGGUUACAAAAGGGUGUCACCCGGAUAUCCCUUUUUAAAGAAAUUGUGGUACAGGACGUUGCAGACCGAGCAGGAGAAGACAGGACAUCCACCUCCAGCGCCACAUUGCCUUCCAUCCAGUAAAUCAAAAUGGGAAGGGAAAAGAUCCACAUCAACAUCGUGGUCAUUGGCCACGUCGACUCCGGCAAGUCCACCACCACCGGACAUUUGAUCUACAAAUGCGGUGGAAUCGACAAGAGAACCAUCGAGAAGUUUGAGAAGGAAGCCGCCGAGAUGGGCAAGACUUCCUUCAAGUACGCCUGGGUGCUGGACAAACUGAAAGCCGAGCGUGAGCGUGGUAUCACAAUCGACAUCGCUCUGUGGAAGUUUGAGACGGAAAAAUUCUACGUGACCAUCAUUGAUGCCCCUGGACACAGGGACUUCAUCAAGAACAUGAUCACCGGUACCUCUCAGGCUGACUGCGCUGUGCUGAUCGUUGCUGCCUCAGUCGGUGAGUUUGAGGCCGGUAUCUCCAAAAAUGGUCAGACCCGUGAGCACGCCCUGCUGGCCUUCACCCUCGGUGUGAAGCAGCUCAUCGUUGCUGUCAACAAGAUGGACAACACAGAGCCCCCUUUCAGUGAGAGCCGUUUCGGGGAAAUCACUAAGGAAUUGAGCAACUACAUCAAGAAGAUCGGCUACAACCCGAAAGCUGUUGCCUUUGUCCCCAUCUCUGGAUGGCACGGAGACAACAUGCUGGAGGCCAGUGAGAAGAUGCCCUGGUACAAGGGAUGGAACAUUGAGCGUAAAGACAAUAAUGCCAACGGAAAAACCAUGUUCGACGCUCUUGAUUCCAUCCUGCCCCCAAAACGCCCAACCGACAAGCCCCUGCGUCUGCCACUGCAGGAUGUCUACAAAAUUGGAGGUAUUGGAACUGUACCCGUCGGCCGUGUUGAGACUGGUGUUAUAAAGCCUGGUACCAUCGUCACCUUCGCUCCCUGUAACCUUACCACCGAGGUCAAGUCUGUGGAGAUGCACCACGAGGCUCUGUCCGAGGCUGCUCCUGGUGACAACGUAGGCUUCAACGUGAAGAACGUGUCCGUCAAGGAUAUCCGCAGAGGAAACGUUGCCGGUGACUCCAAGAACAACCCACCAAAGGGAACCAAGGACUUCGUUGCCCAGGUCAUCGUCCUGAACCACCCUGGAGAGAUCCAUGCAGGUUACGCCCCUGUGCUCGAUUGCCACACCGCUCACAUUGCCUGCAAGUUUGGUGAGCUCCUCGAGAAGGUGGACCGUCGUUCUGGCAAGAAGCUUGAGGACAACCCAAAGAUUCUUAAAUCUGGAGACGCUGCCAUGGUCAAUAUGGUCCCUUCAAAACCCUUGUGUGUCGAGGCCUUCGCCGACUUUCCUCCACUGGGGCGUUUUGCUGUGCGCGACAUGAGACAGACCGUGGCUGUGGGUGUCAUUAAGUCAGUCACUAAGAGUGAUGGCACUGGAAAAGUCACCAAGGCGGCAAUGAAGGCCAAUAAAAAAUGACUUCACGUUCAGAAGAUGGAAAAAGAAGUCACAUCUCUGCAGCCGUUCCCUCUCCACCCCAACACUGUCUUCUUUUCAAUGCUGAUUAAAGUCCAUCGCAAAAGUUUCCGCAGGAAAAGAGGGCUGGUUUCUCUUGGGAGAUAACUAUUUUAAUAACUAGGUUGUAGGCGAAAUAAUAAAAAUGUAAACCUGCAAAAUGAGGACCUGUCUUUUCUUGAUUCUGUUCCUUCAAUGAAAGCAUGAUUGAGUCAUUUAUAGUGAACCUCUGACUCGCUUAGCAUUUAAAACUGUGUCCCUCCCAGUUAAUCAGGUAACAUGUCUGUCUACAGUAUUUUUUUAUUUUUUUAACCAAUAUUUUUAUUUGCAUUUUCAUUUAGUAACAAAGUAACACACACACACACAAUACGACAAACAUACAGACAUAACAUUGACAGUAUAAAAAACAAAACAAAAAACAACAACAUACAAAAAAGGAGACAAGACAGCAUGACAGAACAUUAAAUAAAAAGACAAUAAUAGAUAAUAGUAAUAAUAAUUUGGGCAUAAACAGCAAGAUCCUACAUAGUUCACACAGUCACAUCGGAUAAAAAGUUCUUAUUUAAUUGAUAAUCAUCUUUUUCAUGAUUUUACAAUAUAUUUGACACAUCAACAUACUGUCUACAGUAUUUAAAGCCAUGAUCACUUAGUAACCGUGAUCUAGAACAAGCUUUUAUCCAGAGAUAAUGGCCCUCACUUAUCAAACUGGUGUAGAAACCAGCACAGAUUUGGGUGUAGAAAUCAUCGUACGACAGGGUCCACGUGGGACCUAUGAAACGUGCGUAUCUGGCUGAUCACAGCGUACGCAAGACCUCGGCCCUUUCUGAAUAGUCACAGUUCAGUAUGCAGAGCGUACUUUUCAGUAUACUGAACCCUCGUGGUCAUUCAGUAUGCAUUUUUUGGGUCCUCCUCAGUAUACUGAACAUUUCAGCAUGGAUACUAACUUCCGGGUUUCAUGCAGUAUGGCUCGGAUGCGCGCUUUCAGGAAAUUAAUUGUACUUUAACUCCCACAAUGCUGUGCGAAAUUAAACGUAAAUCGUCACGUCACGUCCGCCUCCAAAUCAAAACAAACGAGCGUGGAUUAAUUGAAUCAAUUUUUAAUCUAGAGUUAAAGUCCCGACUGAAAUCACUACUUUUAAUUAACAACAGAAAAUAAAACAAAUGUCUGCAUUAUUAUAAAACCUUUCCCCCUCUAUUUAAAUAAUGAUUUCACUAUUUAAAUGUGUCUUUAUUGGUUUAUUUUACUUUAUAUUCUGUAUAUUACUGUCUUUCAUUUGUUCUUUCCUGUAUGUUAUUUAGUUAUUUAAUCUGUCUUUUACUUGAUUUACAUUGUGAUAUUGUUUUUUGUUUACCUGACUGUAUAUGCGCAUUACU